CUGCCUCCCCCCACUGUUCCCUCCCCCUCCCGCAUUCCAAACCCUAACCCCCAAAUCCCCCGCCCUCCUCCCAUGGCCGCCGCCGCCGCCGACGCCGACGCCGACGCCGCCGAGGUGGAGCGGCUCUACGAGCUCGGCGAGCGCCUCUCCUCCGCCAAGGACAAGUCCGAGCACGCCGCGGACUACGAAGCUAUCAUCGCGGCGGUGAAGGGGCAGAGCGUCAAGGCGAAGCAGCUCGCGGCACAGCUCAUCCCCAGGUUCUUCCGGAGCUUCCCUGCACUCGCCACGCGAGCCAUGUCGGCCAUGUUUGACCUCGUCGAGAUGGAGGAGCUCGCGAUCAGAAUACAAGCUAUUCGGGGGUUUCCACUUCUAGGCAAAGAUACUGAAUUUGUGUCAAAAAUUGCUGAUAUUCUAGGACAACUCCUUACUAGCGAGGAAAAUGUGGAGCGUGAUGCGGUUCAUAAAGCCCUCAUGUCCCUUAUACGACAAGAUGUUAAAAAUUCCUUGCAGCCUUUAUUUAAGCAUGUGGAGUCAGGAUCAGAGAUUCGUGAGAAGAUUAUUUGUUUUCUAAGAGACAAGGUCUUUCCUCUUAAAGCAGAGCUACUGAAACCCCAGGCAGAAAUGGAGAGAUUUAUAACUGAUUUAAUAAAGAAAAGUGUACAAGAUGUAACUGGGUCAGAAUUUGAAUUAUUCAUGGGUUUCCUGCGAAGCUUGAGCAUAUUUGGGGAUUCUGCUCCUAGAGAGUCCUUUCAAGAACUAAUCGAAAUUAUUCAAGCACAAGCUGAUCUUGAUUCACAAUUCAAUGUUUCUGACAUUGACCACAUUGAGAGGUGGAGUUCAUGCAUGUAUAUGGCUCUUCCAAUCUUCAUGAGAGGUGCAUCAAGCAGCAAGUUCCUCAAUUACUUUGUUAAGCAAAUUGUUCCAGCUUUUGAGAAGAUUCCUGAAGAAAAGAAACUGGAUUUGCUCAAGACUAUCGCUGCAAGUUCACCAUAUGCUGCAGCACAGGAUUCACGUCAGCUGCUUCCAUCUGUCGUUCAAUUGCUCAAGAAGUACAUGCCUGGGAAGAAGGUGGAAGAUAUCAACCACAAUUAUGUUGAGUGCUUGCUCUACACUUUUCACCAUUUGGCUCACAAGACUCCAAACACAACAAACAGUCUCUGCGGUUACAAGAUUGUUACUGGGCAGCCAUCAGACAGGCUUGGAGAGGAUUUUUCAGAGCACUACAAAGAUUUCAGAGAGAGGUUAACUGGAACAGAAGAGACAGUACGAGCAGCCUCAAAGAGACUAACUCAGGGAAUGGCAGACUUCAACAAGGCAAUAACAUCAGCAAAAACCGAAGAGGAAAAAACUAAAAUUAAAAGCGAUCAACAUACUGCCACAAGGACAAUGCGCUCAUAUAACAAUAUAUUGGCAAUGACACAUCCAUUGCAUAUGAAAUCUCCUUCAUUUAUCAGUGAUAAGAAAAUCACUCUGUCAUGGAUGGAGCAGCCCAAGAAACCAGCAGCCACAACAGCAGGACUGAAGAGGUCCCAACCUGCUACAAAUGGGAAUGGCCCUGCAAGCAAGAAGGGGCGAGGAGGAAUGCAGAAUCAGCUUGUGAACAGAGCUUUUGAAGGAUUGUCUUAUGGUGGUAGAGGCAGUGGAAGAGGUCGGGGCAGGGGAGGCCGAGGAAGAGGAAGAGGAUGGGGUGGCUACCGCUAAGAUCAGAGGAAGUUAUUCAACCUGACAUAGAAGGAUGAGCUUUCUGCUUCCGCUUGAGAGUAAGCGCAGAGAUCGGUGUUUAUUUGUCGUGUGCUUCACUGGCGCUGGCUCUUCUGUAUGCAACAAGGUGCGAUCUUCUAGGCAUGCAACUGCAAAAUGCGUACAGAAAGUGUAAAAGAGGAUGUCUGAGAAUGUGAACAAAAUAUGUGCAGCGUUGCUGUUCAUUUACCAUCAUAGGUGUUCUUCGCCACUCUGGCCGUUUCGCCCUUUUUUUUGGCGUUUUAAGAACUGAACAGUUACAAAUUGUUGUUAGAUUAUUUAUUUGAUUUUACCAGUGUCUGAAGAGAUCACCUAGUUUUAUGUUGA